AUGACUGAGCUUCUUCUCGACCCUGCCCUCAGAACAUGGGUUUUCAUGCCCAUCGUCGUCAUCACGUUUAUGAUAGGCGUGCUGCGGCACUAUGUUUCUUUGUUGUUGAUGAGCAAAAAGAAGAUUGAACUCGACCAAGUACAAGACGGGCAAUACUUGAUACGUUCUCGCCUCCUGCGUGAGAAUGGGCGAUUCCUGCCACGUUCCUCCUUCCAAAUGCGACGUCAGUUCUUGGCUCACGAGGAGAAUGGAUAUCUAUCAAAGGCGAUGAAACGCCCCUCGCGCGCUGCCAACCCGAUGGCUGACCCGUCGGCUAUGACCGAAAUGAUGAAGGGAAACAUGUUGAACAUGGUGCCGAUGAUUGUCGUCGGAGGAUGGAUCAAUUGGACGUUUUCGGGAUUCGUUACUACUCGCCUGCCAUUCCCGCUCACCCUGCGCUUCAAGCCGAUGCUCCAACGCGGUGUGGACCUUAUUUCGCUCGAUACGGCCUGGGUUUCUUCGGCUUCUUGGUAUUUCCUCUGCGUCUUCGGACUUCGAUCGAUUUACACGCUCGUUCUCGGGGAAGAAAAUGCUGCCGACCAAUCCAAGAUGAUGGAAGACCAAAUGGCCGGACAAGCCAUGGCUGCCCCACAGGACCCAAAAGCUGCCUUCAAAGGCGAGUGGGAGGCCCUGACGAUGCAUCAGCAUAAUUUCGCCCUACGGGAA